AUGGAGAAGAUAGUAAAAGGUGCCACGAAGAUAAAGCUUGCGGCCCCUAAAUCCAAAUAUGUCGAAGCGAUCCUAUCUGCGACCAACGGAGGCGAAUCUGGAGUUGCGGAGGUCUUUCGGACUCUGCAACUCCGCCUGCGAGAUUCUACGUGGACGAUAGUCUUCAAGAGUUUGAUCAUCGUUCAUCUCAUGAUUCGAGAGGGACAGACCGACAUAACGUUACGAUACAUAUCAGAUUCUCCAAAGAGGUUGGCGAUUAGCAGUUUCACAGAAGUGCAAACUCAAGGUAUCAAUAUUCGAAGAUACUAUGAAUAUCUACUUGAACGCGUUCGCGGCUACCGCGACACUAAGACCGACUUCGUUAGAUCAGGAGUUGGCAGAAUGAAGAAAUUAACGAUCGACAAGGGUUUACUCAGGCAGACCGAAAUUGUGCAAAAUGAGAUUGAAGCAUUGGUUCGAUGUGAUCUCCUGGGAAACCAUGACCCUGAUAAUGAGAUCACGCUUACUGCCUUCCGACUGUUGACUAUGGAUCUCCUCGAGUUGUAUAAAGUCAUGAACGAGGGCACUAUCAAUGUCCUUGAGCAUUAUUUCGAGAUGUCUCGUCCGGACGCUGAAAGAGCACUCAAUAUCUACAAGACCUUCGGUGCGCAAACAGCACAGGUCGUCCAGUACCUAAGUGUUGCUCGGCAGUACGAAUCAUCAACACGCUUGGAAGUGCCAAAGCUGAAGCACGCCCCAACAACUUUGACUUCAUCUCUUGAGGACUACCUCAACGAUCCAGAUUUUGAAAUCAAUCGGAGACAAUACCUUGCCCAGCAAGAGGCGAAGAGGACCGGAAGACCAGCCGCUUCUGUUCCUAAGUCGACCCCCUUUGAUAGACCAGCGGAGUCGAGACAGCCGGCCUCAGCAAUGCCUGCACCCGUAGCUCAAUCAACCCUCUCUCAGCAAAAGGGUCCAGCUCCCGAUCUCAUCGAUUUCUUCGAAUCCAUUGAGCAGAACCAACAGCCAAUGGCUCAAUUCGGCAACAAUACACAACAAGAAUACCAGCAGCAGCAACAACAACAGCAGCAAUUCUUGCUACUUCAACAGCAACAGCAGCAGCAAAUACCACAACAAACUGGGUUCAAUCCAUUCUUGCAACAACCAAACACAUUCUCAGGUGCGGCAUUACCACAGGCUCAACCUCAGCCGGUCCAGACCGAUUUCACAGGUGCAGGGUUCGGCGGUUUCGGUCCUCAACCUCUGCAACAACCACUACCAUUCCAAUUCUCGUCUUCCUUGUCACCAAUUCCGCAGAAUGGAGUUGCAGAUUUCCAUUCGAAUGCACUCUCCCAGGCACAGCCCACCCAGCUCCAACCACAACAUACCUCAACAAAUCCUUUUCGGCAAUCUAUGAUGCCUACGGGAGCUUCGCCUGCAGAUCUCAGCGUCGCAUCACUAAACCGAUCAUCAACCAAUCCGUUUGCAAAACACAAUACUGGUGGAUUGGUGACUAAUGGACAGACCAACAUCUCGGGAUACGACCAGUCGUCAUUCUCACCCAUUUCCCCACUUCCCUCAAACUCGCCAGCGUUUUUGACAUCCCCAGUCGCAGAUCCGACUCAGGCCAAUGCAUUUGCUCAACCGCCAGCCUUGCAACCUCAACGAACCGGAACUAACCCAUUUGCGAAGAAUCGGCCUACGACCGCUGGGGGCCCUGUCAAUACGAAUAUUACAGGGAGUACCAAUCCAUUCCGUCAAAGCGCAUUUGUGAAUCAACAAACAGGUCAGGGUUGGCAACACGGAAACCAGGGCACCUUUUCUGGGUUUGACGUGAAUAGCGUGGGUACUACCCCGGUUUUCCCGCGACCGGGUGCUUAA